ACGUAAAUAUUCAGUGGUGAGUUAAGAACAGAAGUAGAAAGUCUCACUUACCACAGUCUGUUGUGUUUUGUGUGCCUGAUAAUGACUUUCAUGAUGCUGCUUGUGAAUGAAUCGAUCAGAUUUAGGUGAAUCACCUGGCUGGCCAAUAGCUACUGGAAUGUUUCUUCACAUGUGACUUUGUUGCAUUAUUACAAAAUGUGGCUGGAUAGACCUGCCCAGACGUCCUGGCUGAUGUUCAUUUGUAACGCUGCCUUAAGGAGAUGAGGAGAUGAGAGUAAAUUGUUCCAGCAGCUCAGCGUGCUCUGCCAACAGCUCAGAGGAGGAGCUGCCUGUGUUGCUGCAGGCACAGGGGAGCCUUGAAUUUGUUUUCACUGUGCUGUCGGCUGUGAUGGUGGGACUGCUCAUGUUCUCUUUGGGAUGCUCCGUGGAGAUCCAGAAGCUGUGGUCGCACAUCAGGAGACCCUGGGGCAUCGCCGUGGGACUGCUCUGCCAGUUUGGGCUCAUGCCUUUUAUAGCUUAUCUCUUGGCCACCAGUUUCACUCUGAAGCCGGUGCAAGCCAUUGCUGUUCUCAUCAUGGGAUGUUGCCCAGGGGGAACCAUCUCCAACAUUUUCAGCUUCUGGGUUGGUGGCGAUAUGGAUCUCAGCAUCAGUAUGACAGCCUGUUCCACGGUGGCUGCCCUGGGAAUGAUGCCACUCUGCCUUUAUGUCUACUCCUCAUCCUGGAAUCUUCAGCAGAAUCUCACCAUUCCGUAUCAGAACAUAGGAAUUACCCUGGCGUCCCUGAUCAUUCCUGUGGCCAUCGGUAUCUACGUGAAUUACAGGUGGCCUAAACAGUCCAAAAUCAUUCUCAAGGUUGGGGCCAUCGUCGGUGGGAUCCUCUUCCUGGUGGUCACAGUCGCUGGUGCACUGCUAGCGAAAGGACUUUGGAACUCGGAUGUCACCCUUCUCACCAUCAGUUUCAUCUUUCCCUUGAUCGGCCAUAUCGCAGGCUUUCUGCUGGCACUUCUUACCCACCAGUCUUGGCAAAGGUGCAGGACGAUUUCCUUAGAGACGGGAGCUCAGAAUAUCCAGAUGUGCAUUACCAUGCUCCAGCUGUCCUUUAGUGCUGAGCACUUGGCCCAGAUGUACAUCUUCCCGUUGGCCUACGGACUAUUCCAACUGCUGAAUGGAUUUCUCAUUGUUGUAGCAUAUCAGACAUUCAAGAGGAGACUGAAGAAUAAACAGAGAAAAAAGACCCCACAUUGUGCAGAAGUCUGCUCUAAGAAGAAGUCCACUUUUUCCAAGGAGGCCAGCUCUUUCUUGGAAGUGAAAGAAGAAGGUGCUGUAACUCCCGGGCCAUCGGGGCCAGAGGAUUGCCACACAGCUCUUGAGGCAGCUGAGCACCUCUCUUCAUGUGAAUAGUGGGGACUUGAGUUCCUUCCUGGGUAGACCGGUCUACCUCCUCAGGGUAGACCGAGUUCCUUCCUCCUCAGUGGCCAGUAAAGACAGCGUGGAGCCCAUGUGUGAAUGUCCUUGGUAGAGCCUGUGUGACUGCCAAAUGUCAGAUGACUUACAUUUUUGUGUGGAUUGUGAAUUGUGAUAGGAUCACUUUUUGAGAAUAUUUUGUGCCCAUUUCAGGGAGUUCUUUGGGAGUUUACACAACAUAUUUACUAGCUGCCUGUGUGUUCUUGUCUUCCCAUGUGGUGAACAAUACCUGGCUUCUUUACUUUGGGCAGGUGCUUUGGAAGACUGCAGAGGAAACACACAGCUUUCAAGGGCUUGAAAAUCUUUUCUUGAUUGUAGGUGCAAUUCAAGUUUAGAGGCAAUUUAAAUAAGAUAGGCGGUCAAAAAUUGAACGCUUGGUAUUUUCACUGUUUAGAGAUAAACACAUGCAUAUUCUUCUAAGCAAUGUAUAUACCUGUAUCAUUUAAAAACCACUGAGAUCAUCCUGUAUAUUACCAUCAGUAAUUCACUUGAUGACAUAUUAUAGAACAUCUUUACUUGUCCAGUGACCUACCUCAUUCCUUAGAAUAGCGGCUACGUAGAAUUAUUGCAUUGCACGGAAGCACUGUAACUUAUUUAAUCCACCCUUGUUCACAAGCAUUGGGAUAGCAUCCAACUCACAGUGCUGCCACACUGCUCUGACUUGUGUCCAACAUUUCUAUGGGCGCACGUCCCACAGCCUGCACUGCCAGGACAGUUCCUCAUUGAAAUGUUGGACAAAUUGCUGUCUGGUAAUGUACUGCCUCAGUCCCCAGGCUUUUUGGCACCAGGGACCAGUUUCAUGGAAGAUGAUUUUUCCACGGACAGGCAUAGAGGCAUGGGAGAGGGGGCGGAGCUCAGGCUGU